UUUAAUAUCAGCGCGUCAUUUAUUUUCAUACCAAUGUCACGUGUAACUAGGCUUCUUGUUUUAUCCAUCGGCUCGCGGUUAAGACAAAUUCACAAUUCUCCGUUAUUUCUGAAUACCAUAACACUUUAACGUUUUCUUUUCUUUAUUAGCACAACUGAAACCAGAAGUAUAGUUGCGGCCAGUGCGCGCUAUCCACGCCCUGAGCUGCAGUCUAUUCCUCCCUCUCUCCUCCUUAACUCACGGUCAAACUUCAGCAGACUCUUGGAUACUUCGCCAAGAGUCGCGUUGGGAUCGAGUGAAACUGCGGGAUUCGAAUGGAGAGCGGACUGAGAAACUGACGAGUCAUUGUCGCUGUGGGUUUGUCUAAAGAUGGCCAGGUACAACAUUUGCUACCAUGACCAGCCUAUGGGCUUUUUCUACAACAACAGCAACAUAACUUCGGACGAAUGGGACCAAACACAGCUCAUCCUGGUUCAGUGUGUUGGAUUCAUCUGCUGUUGCUUCAUCUUAGUGGCCAACGCUAUGGUAAUCACCGCAGUUAUCACCAACAGGAGAUUUCACUACCCUUUCUACUAUCUCCUCUCCAACCUAGCUGCCUCAGACUUUCUCGCCGGGAUCGCUUAUGUGUAUCUCAUGUUCAACACGGGGAAAAUAUCCCGUGAACUGACCGUGCAAGGCUACUUCUUCCGGCAGGGUUUGCUGGAUGCAAGUCUCUCUGCAUCGCUGACCAACCUCUUGGUGAUUGCGCUUGAGCGCUACAUCUCAGUCAUGAACUGGAAAGUUCACAGUAACCUCACCAAACGCAGGGUGACCCUACUGAUUGCCCUAGUUUGGGGAUUCUCUAUAUUUAUGGGAACGGUGCCUAGUUUGGGCUGGAAUUGUAUUUGUAGUCUGGACCUAUGCUCCAAGCUAGCACCAAUCUUUAGCCGGAGCUAUCUGAUCUUCUGGUCUGUGUCCAACUUAGUGCUUUUUCUCAUUAUGGUGUCCAUAUACUUAAGAAUAUACAUCUAUGUGAUGAGGAAAAUGGCUACCAUGAAGGCGCACACCUCUGGAUCUAUGCAUCGCAAAAGGACACCGAUCAAGCUGAUCAAAACUGUGAUGACCGUACUGGGGGCUUUUGUGAUCUGUUGGACCCCUGGUCUCGUGGUUCUGCUCCUGGAUGGACUAAACUGUGAGCGGUGCAACGUCCUGAUGUUCAAACGUUGGCUGCUCCUUCUCGCCGUCCUCAACUCCGUCAUGAACCCCAUCAUAUACUCUUACAGAGACGAUGAGAUGUGGACCACUAUCAAGAACCUCAUGCGUUGUGUUUGCAGUGGAACCAGACGACAGAGGUCGUCCAAGGCCAACAUUCAACGCGGCUCAGUUCGGGAGACCAGCAGCAGCCUCAAAGAAAAUACAACAGAGGAUAAUAAGGUCUCCACGCAGGAGAUGCUGAAGUCUUGAAGCUUCAAAGACAUUAUUUUGACUCUAUGAAGACCAUGAGGCCAUUUUCAUUAACACAACGUGGGAUUUCUCUGAAAUCUCUCCAGUCCACUCCCAGAGAUAAUAAUGUAAUUUUUAUGCAGGUUACACUUUUAGAAUUUACUUGUAUCCCAGCUUUAUAUUCAGUCACCGAUAAGUCCUGAAAGUAUGAACACACCAUCAGAACAUUGCUCUGUACACAGCAUCCCGAUCGGCCAGACAUGGCAACAUUGGCUCAACCAAUGGCUUGAGUUUGGGGCAGAACUGUCUGUGUUGGCCGACCAAUAGCAGACUAGAGGAGGGUUCAGGAAAUCUGCUUGAUAGCAGACAUUCACGUUUGGUGAUGCUAGUUCAACAGAAAUUACACUUCAGCUUUAAGUUGGAGUGAUUGCCACUUUUAUUGGUACAGUAGGACAGACAGUGGAGUGGUGUAAGUAAAUUACUUCUCAAGUAAAUUAAAGCUAAUACAGUGCGAAUGGGAAAUUACACAAGCCAGAUUUCAAAUGGGAUUACCCACAAAUAACAUGUCAGAGCAUGCAUAUUACACUCCAGCCCAUUUUCCUGACAGCAGCGCACUUCUAAAAUUGUAUUUUACCUCAAUAAUUCAGCUUUUAACAAUAGAUACUACCAGUGCAUAAGAAGUAAUCCAAAGUAUUUAGAAUACAUUACUGACCUUGAGUAAUAUAAUGAAAUACAUUACAAAUUACAUUUUACAGCAUGUAUUCUGUAAUCUGUAGUGGAAUACAUUUCAAAUGUAUCACGAUACCAUUUUAAUCGUUUUUGAGCCGCCCGCUGGACAUUUCACUAGGAAACUGCAGCGAACCAUGUAAUGAAGCACAUCAUUUCAUUUCAUUUAGCUAAUACAGUGUGAAUGGGAAAUUACACAAGCCAGAUACCAACUGGGAUUACCCACAAAUAACAUGUCAGAGCAUGCAUAUUACACACCAGACCAUGUCCCUGACAGCAGCGCACUUCUACAAUUUUAUUUUACCUAAAUAAUUCAGCUUUUGACAAUAGAUACUGUAAAUUUGCUAUGAGAUUUGUUUUCAGAAUGAUCAACACAGAUUGUAUCAGUAUACUCUGUGUUGUUGAUUUACCUUUUACUGUAAAUAUACUGUACUGUAUUUGCAAGUCUUAAAAGAAGUCUUGAAAUCUUUGGAAAUCACAUCAUGUAUUUAGUAUGUUCAUCAUGCUUAUGUUGUAAAUAUUAAUGUAAAACAUUGUUGUAGCAUGCUGUCAACAACAUACAUCAUUUAAGUGAGUUUUUCAGAACUGAAGAAAUAAAUAACAAAACUUCUCAGAAUGCAUAUGCAUUUCAAACAUCUUUAUUUGUAAGAAUAAUUCAUUUUUUUUAGAUAAAUUCUUUGUAUUCAGUAAGACAAAAUGAGGAUUAUAUGGUCUUAUUAUGAAUAAAAUGGAUUAUGUAUAGUCAGGGUUGGGGAGUAAAGGUACAUGUAACGGGAUUACAUAUUUAAAAUAAAAAUAUAAGUAACUGUAUUCCACUACAGUUACAAUUUAAAUAAUUGGUCAUUAGAAUACAGUUACAUUCAAAAAGUAUUUUGAUUACUGAAGAGAUUACUUUGCAUUUUAUUGUCAUUUGUUACAUUUAAUAUUUAGUCCUUUCAGAUGGAAAACAUUAAUACAUAUAAAUGAUGUGAUCCAAAGUGCAUUUGAACAGCGCUGAAUCACUUUCUUAUGAUGUGUUACAUUCAUACGAGCAGACAGAGAAGUACGUUUGAAGUAAGUUUGGCGCAGAAGAAAUAGAAAUAAACCUUGUGUAAAUUGUCAGCUUUACUUUAAGCUAAAAUUUGAAUUCUAGCCAUUUUACCUGCACAUGUU